AUGGCAACGCGCUGCGGAGCUGGGGCGGCAAUGGCGGUUUGGUCGUUCUUACCCGCCCGGGCUGUGGCUGCGUUCCUCCUGUUGGUCCUCGCUCGCGUUUCACAGGCUCAGACCUUCUCACUCCCUUUCCAGCAGCCGGAGACGUGCGGCCACAACCAGUACUUUGAUAUCUCGGCGCUCUCCUGUGUCCCGUGUGGAGCCAACCAGAGGCAGGAUGCCCGAGGAACUUCAUGUGUGUGUCUACCAGGAUUUCAGAUGGUCUCUAGUAAUGGAGGGCCUGCCAUUAUUUGUAAAAAGUGCCCAGAAAAUAUGAAAGGUGUUACUGAAGAUGGCUGGAACUGCAUUUCUUGCCCUAGUGGCUUAACUGCAGAAGGAAAAUGCCACUGUCCCACUGGCCAUAUUUUAGUGGAAAGAGAUGUUAAUGGAACAUUGUUGUCUCAAGCAACCUGUGAGCUCUGUGAUGAAAAUGAAAACUCUUUUACAGUAGCAAAUGCUUUAGGAAACAGGUGUGUCCGAUGUGAACCAACGUUCGUUAAUACCGACAGGUCCUGUGCAUGUUCAGAACCUAACAUUUUAACAGGGGGAUUAUGUUUCAGCAACACAAGGAAUUUUCCUCCACGUAUAAUUUCAACUGUACGUUACGGAGAGCUUGGCAUGUCUUUAACUUCAGAAUGGUUUUCAAAGUAUUUGCAAUCAGCAGCAGCUGCAUGUCGGGUGUAUGCCAGUCUAACAUCUUGCCAAGCUCUUGGAAAUAUGUGUGUGAUGAACAUGAAUUCUUAUGACUCUGCCACAUUUGACGCAUGUUGGCUAUUUCAGUUUGUCUUCAAAAAUACUACUGGACUGGGCACUGUUCAUUCUAUUUCAUUUUGGAGACAGAAUCUUCCAUGGCUGUUUUAUGGAGAUCAGCUAGGAUUAGCACCUCAAAUACUCAGUACUACACCACUUCCUACAAAUUUCAGUUUUAAAGAGCAAAACCAGAAUACAAAACUGAAGUUUGUUGCUGCUUCCUAUGAUAUAAGAGGAAAUUUUCUCAAGUGGCAAACUUUAGAAGGAGGUGUUUUGCAGCUUUGUCCAGACACAGACAUAAGACUAAAUGCUGCUUAUUCUUUUGGAACAACCUACCAACAAAAUUGUGAAAUUCCUAUCUCCAAGAUCUUAACUGACUUUCCCACUCCUAUAUUUUAUGAUGUAUACCUUGAAUAUACUGAUGAAAAUCAACUCCAGUAUAUUUGGGCUGUGCCUGUGUUAAACCUAAAUCUUCAAUACAAUAAAAUGUUUGUGAACCAAGAUAGUAGCUCUGGCAGGUGGCUUCUGACUCGGCGCAUUUUCUUAGUGGAUGCAGUAAGUGGACGAGAAAAUGACUUGGGAAGUCAUCCAAGAAUAAUUCGAAUUGCUACCCAAAUAUCACUAAGCCUCCACCUUGUAUCCAACACAAAAAACGGAAACAUUUACCCUCCUUUAAUUACCAUUGCCUACAGUGACAUUGAUAUCAAAGAUCCAGUCAGUCAGUCCGUGAAGGUUUCUUUUUCAGUCAGAUAUGAAAUGAAUCAAGGAGAAGCACAUGUCCAGACAGAUAUUGCUUUGGGUGUAUUGGGUGGGCUAGCUGUUUUAUCAUCUCUUUUGAAGACAGCAGGGUGGAAGAGGCGCAUUGGGAGUCCCAUGAUUGACUUACAGACAGUUAUGAAAUUCUUGGUGUACUAUGCUGGCGAUCUGGCCAAUGUUUUCUUUAUCAUCACAGUUGGAACAGGUCUUUAUUGGCUUAUUUUCUUCAAAGCACAGAAGUCUGUCUCUGUUUUGCUACCAAUGCCUGUUCAAGAAGAACGUUUUGUUACUUAUGUGGGAUGUGCCUUUGCUCUGAAGGCUCUGCAAUUUUUGCAUAAGCUCAUAUCCCAGAUUACCAUAGAUAUAUUCUUUAUUGACUGGGAGAGACCUAAAGGAAAGGUUCUUAAAGCUGUUGAAGGUGAGGGUGGUGUACGGAGUGCCACUGUUCCUGUAAGCAUAUGGAGAACAUAUUUUGUAGCAAAUGAAUGGAAUGAAAUUCAGACUGUGAGAAAAAUUAAUCCACUCUUUCAAGUACUUACUGUCCUCUUCUUUUUGGAGAUUGUGGGAUUCAAGAACUUAGCAUUAAUGGACUCAUCCUCUAGUCUUUCCAGAAGCCCACCUAGCUACAUAGCUCCUUAUAGCCGCAUUUUGAGAUAUGCAGUGUCUACUGCUCUUUGGCUGGUUAUUGGAAUUGUACAGAUAUCAGUGUUUCUAUUAUCCCACAAAUGUUUUGGAUAUUACAUUCAUGGCAGAUCAGUACAUGGGCAUGCAGAUACUAAUAUGGAGGAAAUGAAUAUCAAUCUUAAAAGAGAAGCGGAAAAUUUGUGUAGCCAAAGAGGUUUGGUACCUAACACAGAUGGUCAAACUUUUCAGGUUGCAAUUUCUAGCCAGAUGAGACAACACUAUGACAGAAUUCAUGAGACACUAACAAAGAAGAAUGGCCCUGCUAGACUACUGAGUACACCAACAAGUACUUUUGAGCAGAGUAUAAAAGCAUAUCAUACAAUGAAUAAAUUUCUUGGCUCUUUCAUCGAUCAUGUUCAUAAGGAAAUGGAUUACUUUAUUAAAGAUAAGUUGCUUCUUGAAAGAAUUCUUGGAAUGGAAUUCAUGGAACCAAUGGAAAAAAGCAUCUUUUACAAUGAUGAAGGUUAUUCUUUCAGCAGUGUUCUGUAUUAUGGAAAUGAAGCCACCCUUCUUAUUUUUGAUCUGCUCUUCUUCUGUGUUGUUGAUUUGGCCAGCCAAAAUUUUAUUUUAGCAGCCUUCCUUACAUAUCUACAACAAGAGAUUUUUAGACUUAUCCGUAAUACGGUAGGACAGAAGAAUUUGGCAUCCAAAACAUUGGUGGAUCAAAGAUUUCUGAUUUAAUUUAUUGAAUAGAUAACUUAAAGACUUAAUCAUGGCUAAAAAUGUCAUGAUAGGUUAGUGUGCCAUAUUUUUCAAAACUUGUAAUACAAAUUAUUCUGCUCUUAUUUGUUUUUAUCUGCAGAAAGAUCUAUUUUUAUAACUUGUGAAUACAUAACUUGCUUUGUGAAUAUAUAAUGUGACAUAGUGGAAAAUAUUCUUUCCCCAUUAUGCGUGAUAUUUAAUUUACUAAAUAAUAAAUUAGCACUGAGAUGAGGCAGAAAAAAAACCCUAAAUGUUGCUUUCAGCAUAACACUUUUAAUAAUAAUCAAAACAGUUCCACCAUUUGUAGAUUAUUUAAUAAACUGGGUUAUGCCUACAUUUUCUCAUAUUGACAAAAUUAUUUGAUUCCAAGUUCAAGACUAGUUUUCAGUUCAGUAUGUUCAUGUUUUUCAUAUUUAGGGUUAAAUAAAUGUUGGAAAAUAUUUUUAAGUUGUCUUAGAAAUUUUUAAUUGUACUUUCGCUUUCUCAGUUUUCUUCAUUGUAAUUGCUAACCCUGUUUGACAAUGGACUAAUUCACUAUUAGAUUAAUAUAUAUCUCCUGUAGUGGUACUUAUAUUCGUACACCUGUUUUAUUAGGUCAGUAUACUCUUUCCAUGAAGUGUGUUUACAUCUCUAAUGUGGUUUACAUUUAUUAAGCUAUAAUGUAUGACAUUUUUCCCAAUAUAGUUUUUAAUAAAUUUUUAGUUACUUAAUAUUUUAAGAGCACUCCUCCAAAGUUUUGCUCUUUAAUUAUGUUUAAAUAUUGUAAUAACAAAUAAACUGUAAAUUUAUCAUGUUAUGUUGACAAGGUGAUUUAUUGAAAACAAACUUAGGCAAUAUAAUUGAAGUAAAUUCUGAGUCAUGUAGCUAAUAAUUUUUCAUGAUCUUUUUCUUUAACAUACUCUAUAAUAAUCCUUUUCAUUGCAUAUAAAGUACUUGAAAGGCCCUUAUAUUUCAAGUGUAAUGGUCAUUAAGCCCCAAAUCAGUAUUUCUGACUGCUUUUUGUGUUAAUACUGUGUAAAUGCUUAAGUGUAAUGCUCUGUAAAUAUUGUUUAUAUUUCUGAAUUGAAAAUAUAUAAUAAAAGAUUUGGUGUUUCUGA